AUGUCAAACCCAAACGGUCUCCGACAUAUCGUCCGGUAUGUGACAGGCCACAACGAAGAUGACGGCAUAUCUGUGUUCCAGACUACUGUAGACAACAACCCACCUGCCAGAGAGUUCCCCGAUGGCAUGAAAAUCUUUGACUAUUACUUAACGCAAGGUUUUCCGGUUGACGUAGCGGCUGCCAAGGAUAUCCGCGCGUACGAGCAUCUCAUCCAAGACCCUCCAGGGAUCGUGGUCCCCGAUGGGUCCGCAGCAAGAAUCGUCGAUCUUCCGCCGGCAUACACUUCGCCCAUGCAUCGCAGCAUGAGUCUGAACUACAACUUUGUAAUUGAGGGAGAGGUUGAAGUGCUCCUGGACUCGGGCGAGACGAGAACUUUGAAGCCAGGGGACGGAUUGGUCCAGCGUGCCGUUAACCAUGCGUGGAGGAACACAAGUGAGAUGAAGUGGGCGAGGAUCACCGCCGUUGUGUUGCCCGUGCAAGGUUUUCAAGUUAGAGGGCAAGAAGGAAAGAUGUCUAGGGGGACAGAGGGCGAGAAAUAG